UAGAUGUUAAUAGCUGCAGCCAGUCAGUCAAGAGUUUCAUUUCCAUGAUUCACUGUUGCCCAAAGGACAGCUGAGCCAUUUAUAGACAAUGAGUACUAUAGCUGCUACCGCUGGCACGUCCCCGACUGGCACCUCUAUUGAUCAGAUAUCCCAGAGUAUGAAGACUGGGAGAAAUGUCACCAUUGAAAUCACCAAUCACAGUCAAAAGUACAUCUUAGCAAAUCCAAAGGCUCACACCACCAGUGGAUACUGUUUCCAUCCUCCACAGCCUACGAUCGCAAAAAACACCACAGCAGUGUGCGCCUUCUCCAAAACUGCACGUGUAGCUCGUGGUGCUGUCGGGGUCCUGACGUACCAAAUGCUCAGAGAUGAAAAGUGCUUUGUUGCUGAACUGGCCAUCAUGUUCUCUGUGCCUUUUGACUACAACUGGUACGAAAACUGGUUUGCUCUGGGCAUUUAUAAACAAGAGAUUCCAUGUGAUGAAGCUCUUUUCUCUAAGAUGUAUUAUGACACUGGUCCUUUCACCAGAUGCAAAAGUACAGGAAGCACCUUAACAUAUUCUGGAAGAGGUGUUCUUGUGAAGGCAACAAUGUCUGCUGGAGGCCGAUCAGUUAUGAAAAUAGAAUUCUGGGAUGAAUAAUGCCAUCUCUGUUUUCAGAUAACUCCAAUCCUAGUUCAACUUUCAAAAAUGCUCAAAAAUAAGGGGGACACUUUUUACUGUGACCCAAAUGUAGCCUUUCAACACAAACAAGAUCGGGGUGGGCGAUAAGGCAGAAAUAUAACAUCAUAUCAAUAUAAUAUUUUUUCUUAAGACAUUGUUUCAUAACUACAUCCAGGGCUAAUUCUGCUCUCUUGAACUCCAAACUUAGCCAGGAUUCAAACUCACAAUCUCCCAACUGUACGGUUGGAUAUUUAGACAGCUACGCCAGUUAAGAGCCUUUCUUACCCUCUUUUUAACAUGUAAGGGUCAGUGUAAGUACUGAUGAUACCCACAAUAUACUUGGAAGACCUUAAUGUGACAUAAUUUAUCGUGAUGAUGAUAUAUCGUCAUAUUGCCCACCCCUAAUUACAUCAAUCCUGCUAUGAGGUAAUUAGAAUAUAUGGCUAUCCAAACACAUCUGUGCCAGAGCGGCCAAUGUUAGCAUUUUGCUAAGCCAA